ACUCUCCAAUAGCCCUGGUAUCGAGACAAGGUUAUUUACGCCUCUAUAUACGUCCACUUAUAGCUCUAAAAGGUCCUUAUUUUGGAGUUUACGGAAUCUUGUGUCAUUCUUUCGUCCCGGAAAAAUUUGUUGGCGUUUUGGCCAUAAUUCGACAAAUCAGGAUCAUUAAAAGGCCAUUAGAUCUGCGUACCGUCUGAUUCAGCUGUGAUUGCGUUGAUUUAAUGCAUAGAUAAUGCGCACAUGUGCGCACCAACAUCAUCUCGCUGGACGCAUUGCCUCUUUGACGGAUUUCAACUCAAAAAUCUAUAUUUUUCAUAUGAUCCUCUUUAAUUAUUUUUAAUAAUUUUUUAAUUCAGAUUUAAGGUUUUAAAAUGGGCGCCAGGUGUUCUAAACAGUCGGCCAAGAAACAAAUGGAGCAGGAUGAGGCCGAGAGGCUCAAAAAGCUCGAAGAACAGGCCAUGGCUGAGGUAGAGGAGCGCAGAAUUAAGCGUGAACGCGAAGAAGCGGAAAGGUUAUUGAGGGAACAAGAAGAGGAAGAAAGGAGACGACAAAUAGAGGAACAACUUGCUCUGGAACAGGCUAAACGAGAGGAGGAGGAACGACUCAAGCAAGAGGAAAGUUUGGCACCAGUGGUUGUACCACUCAAGACAAAGUCAUUAUCAAUCAAAUCUGAUGAUCAUAUUAGUCACACAUCCUCCAUCUCACACGAGAGUAUUGGAUCAAAGAGCUCGUUGGGAAGCAGAAAGAGUAGUCUAUCCUCACGUACAACUGGACGCAAGGAUGGUGAUGCAGUUGAAAUGCCAACCUUUACUCCAUUUAGCAUGAGAAGAACUGACGAAAUUGCCAAGUAUUUAAUAUCAAAGUGCGGAUGUGCACUUUCUGACACUCAUAAUAAUACAAAUUGUGUCAUUUGCCAAAGCGUAGAUUUAUCAGAUGCACCCCUAAUUGCUUAA